AUGCCUCCUAAGAAGUGGGACGACGAGGAGAGCGGCGAGGAGAGCUCCGGCCCUGCCUCCCCCGUUGGCGGCGCCAUCCCUAUCCGCCGCAAGUUCGAGGAUGAGGAGGAUGAGGAUGACGUCCUGGACUCCUGGGAUGCCGCCGAAGACUCCGAGGUCGAGCGUGAGAAGGCCAAGAAGGCCGAGGAGGCAAAGGCCAAGGCUCUCGAGGAGGCAAAGAAGAACAAGAAGUCCAAGGCUCAGCGCAUUGCCGAGUUGAAGGAGGAGCGCGCCCGCCUUGAAGCCGAGGACUCUGGCGAGGAGGAGACAGAGGCUGAGAAGAGAGAGCGUCUCCGACGCACCGAAAAGGAGUCGGACCUGAAGCACGCCGAGGAUCUCUUCGGCGAUAUCGGUGUUCCUGCCGGCCGCAAGGCCAACCUCGCCGGCUCCGCCGUCCAGAUUGAUCCCAACGAUCCGACCAAGACGGCCAACAUCGCCGACAUGCCUCUCUUCAACCCCAUUACCAAGACCCAGUUCGAGCACCUCCGUACCACGCUGACCCCCAUCCUCGCCAACAACGCCCGCAAGGCUCACUACGGCAUCUUCCUCCAGGAGUUCACCAAGACCCUGGCCAAGGACCUCCCCAGCGACCAGAUCAAGAAGAUUGCCAGCACCCUCACCGCCCUCGGCAACGAGAAGAUGAAGGAGGAGAAGGCCGCCCAGGGUGGUAACAAGAAGAGCAAGGCGGCCAAGACCAAGGUCUCGGCCGUUGUCAGCCGUGCCCCCGUUGCUGACACCGAGACGUACGAGGAUGACGGCUUCGGAGAUGACGACUUCAUGUGA